AUGGCUCUCUCCGCAUGUAAUGCCGUGUCAAACCCUUCUUUUGAAACCGGCAUCCUGGCUCCAUGGCAUCCAUCGGCCGUGAAUGUGGCCCAAGUAAGCAAUGGCACAAUCGCAUACAGUGGUGAUUAUUACCUUAACCUUCAAACCGCAGUAGGAAACCGCGGCAACACCAUCUCCCAGGGCUUAAGACACCUCAAGCCUCACACGGAAUACAAAUUCAGUGCUCAGGCUCAGGUUCCAUCGCCUUCCGGCUCAGAGUACUGCUCGGUCUAUGUUUACGUUGGCCGCAAUGCAACAGUCGGUAGCAUCGCCUCGGUACAGCUGUUCAAUUUUGGGGAGUGGACGGAGGUCACAGGGAGCUAUGUGCCAAAGAGGGAGAAUGAGAUCUUGAGUAUUGGCGCUGCUUGUGAUUCGGAGGAUUCUUCUUAUACGGAUAAUGUUUUGUUUGAUGACAUUAGCUUCAUUCCCAAUGAUUGUGCGUAUGGUUUGGCUUAG